AAUGUUAGACAGAAGUGCCAACUUGCGUUAGUACACGUGCCGACUGCCGAACGAGCGACACGAUGGAGUAUUUGAGCUUCAAUGCGAAGAGCAAAACGCUCACGUUGGAAAAGACCGUGAUCCCCGAACCGAAACCAGAUGAAGUUCGGAUUAAAGUAGCAUACUCUGGAGUCUGUGGGACCGAUCUUCACAUUCUAGACGGAGAGUUUCCGUGUAAGACAGACGGUCCACUGACUCUUGGCCACGAAUUUUCGGGUACAGUCGAUGCUAUCGGCUCACAAAUCACAUGUUUCAAAGUUGGCCAGAAAGUAGUAGUCGAUCCUAACAGUGGUUGCAACAAGUGCGAUUAUUGUCAUGGCGGGAGUUACCAUUUCUGUAGUGCCGGUGGCUUAAACACCACUAUAGGUAUCUAUAGAAAUGGUGGGUGGGCUACUCAUGUCCUCGUACCGGAAACACAGGUUUACGCGUUGCCUGAUGACGUCGAGCUACACCACGCCGCCCUCACAGAGCCACUCUCCUGCAUGGCCCACGGAUGGGACAAGAUUAAUCCUGUUAACAUCGGUCUUAAUGUGCUCGUAAUUGGUGCCGGAAUAAUUGGCCUUUUGUGGGCCUGUCUAUUGCAUAUACAGGGACUUAGGAAAACCGUGACGGUCAGCGAACCUCAAGAGAAACGACGCAACAUGGUGUCCAAACUUGAUUUGAAUUAUGAAGUAAGGAGUCCAGAUAAGUUAAAAGAAGGAUAUGACUUAAUCGUUGACUGUAGUGGCUCGAUUCCAGCAAUGGAGGCAGCUGUACCAUUAUUAAAUCGAGGUGGCCGUUUAUGCAUCUUCGGUGUCGCAAAACCUAACGCGAAAUUGACUAUUGAGCCAUACGAGGUUUACAAGAAGGAAUUAAAUAUCGUUGGUGUAAAUAUAAAUCCUUUCUCAUUCGUUAAAGGAUUGGCUCUAUUAAGAGCAAUGGCUGAUAGAUAUCUUGAUUACAAUAAGUUAGGUAUUAGAGUAUUUUCUUUGUCUGAAUACCGUGAAGCUCUGGAUGCACUGAGAAAAGGAGACAUCAGCAAGGCAAUGUUUAAAUUGUAGGAAAUCAAAUUAAUCAUUAAAUGAAAUGUUUUGAAAAACUGUU